UGAAUGUUUCAUGUCGUUUCAAAGUACUUAGAAAAACAAAAAAAACAAAAAAAAACACUUGAAUACAAGAACACAGCAAGGGUGUGACACCAUUCAGUUUGGCGAAAAUUCCCCAACAAACUGAACACAGCAAUUCCAUUCCAACUAAAAUUCCCAGAUAUCGCACAUAUAAAUAAGCCUCUUUGAUUCUAACAUUUCAAACCACCCCCAAUAAUCCUUUCAAUUUCAUUGCACUAAAGAAGAAGAAUCAUUUCAGGAAGAAGCCGAAAGAGAAUGGCAGCAUCAAAAUGGGCUUUCUGCUUCAUCUUAACCACAAUUGCUGUUUGCUUCUCCCUAGCAGCAGCAGCAGCAGUAACCAAUAAUAAGGAUGCCAAGGCCGCCAAGUUCCUAGGUGGAAGGGGUGGGGCAUUUGGCAUCUGGUCCAAGCCCGAAGUUUUAGCGAUGGAGCCCAUGGCAUCAGUGGAUGGAAAUGACUGGGCGGCCCAACCUGACUCUAUGGCAAUGGAACCAGCGGCUGCGUAUGACUUGGAGGCCCACGAUGAUGAUCGCAAUGCUGGUCUGAGCCUGGCGGAUUUUGGAGUUGUGAUGAGCGAACCGUAUGCGUUACAGACGGAUUUUGAAGUUGUGAUGAGCGAGCCGUAUGCAUACACAACGCAAGGAAUGAAUGAAAACCGUGAAGCUGAUGAUGAUUCAAAGGAAACUCUCAACAAAAGCAACAAUUACGAGUAUCCGAUCGGUUUGAACUCAGUGCCUCUUUCCAAUUUCUAGGUCCUUUGUAAGGCACAUAUCCAAUGAUGAUGCUAUACUAUAUGCUACCAUUAUUGAAAUGAAUCUCUACUAUUAAGUCGUAACGGCUUUUAUUUUCCGAAUAUAUUGUUAUUGGGGAAAAAAAAAAUCUUUAGCAUCUUUUAUAUAUAUGUUGGUAUGGAAAUAGAAUAUAUUCAAGUUUAUUAUACUUCACGUGUGAAAUGAAUACGAUGCUACUGGUUUAUCCAUACGACGAGGAAUCUGGUGAAUUAACGAAAAACAACCUUUGGCUGAACUUUUUGACAGGGCGCGCGUUUAUCACAAGAGAACCUAUUAACA